AUGGGCAAAAAUGCUCCAGACAGGGAAUUAAAUUUGAAAAUACACAUUGAAAACAACAGUGCAAAUAUAGAGAUAAAAAAUUCUUACAUGGAUUUCAGAAUGAAAAAUAUGGAUGAAGCAGAGGCUGCGGGAAGCCGGACACUGGGAGUCACGUAUUACAAGUUUAGUGGCCUCACGCAGAUGUUGACUGGAACAUGGGCUUCCGACGCCUAUAGCCCACAGGGAUUAAGGCUUGUGGUUUCCACAGAAGCACCGCCUAUCAUAUUUGCCACACCAACCAAACUGAGUUCUGAUUUUGCUGUAUAUGAUUAUGCUGGGAAAAACAAAGUUCCUGAGCUGCAGAAGUUUUUCCAGAAAUCCCAUGGUGUGCCCAUCCACCUGAAACGAGACCUGCCUGACCAAAUGCUUUACUGGACCACCAUGGUGCUGACACUGGGUGGGGGGACCAUCUGCUGCCUGAUUGCUCUCUACAUGGCUUCGUGGCCCAGAAACAAAUGA